ACCCCACCCUCCCUUCUAGCACUGACGAUAUUCCCUAGUGGGGUCACGCAACGUCUGUAAGAAAACCACCCUCCUUCACGGAUUCCCCAUCACCCUCCUCCUCCCCACCCUCCUCUCUUUUGCGACCGUCCGAAGUUACGACGGACGUUCCGGAGAGGAGGGGAGGGCUAAUCCUCUCGAGCCCAACAGGAUCCAGGACGCUCGACCUUGCACCUCCCUGCCCAGUGGAUCUCCUUCAAAGCGGAUCUCCCGCCAGGCUGAUCACUUCGAUCCGGGCGGUUCAGGGUUAAGCCGGCCAAGGAGGCGGGCAGGAACCGGCUGGCUGCGGGGGAAGAGGAGGAGGAGAAAGCGGAGAAGCGCUGGAUUUGCUGUGGAUCCGCCUGCGCGCUUUCUGGCCGGCCGGAGCCAAAUAAAGAGAUCAGGACUUUCCCCCCCCCCUUUGGGGUUUUUUUUUUUUUAGGAUCGACUCAGGAUCGCGCCGGCUUGCAAUUGCGCUGAUCUCCCCCCCCCCCCGCCUCCAGGCUUUGCAACCGGCCUUUUGCGCCGAAAUCUGGCUCUGAGCGCAGGAAAGUCCCCCCCCCCCAAAACCCCGGUUUCCAUGCCAGGCAGCUGCGCCGAUCCUAUAUGACCCCCCUCUCCUCUUUCGGGGGAGCCCGCGAUGUGCAGAAAACCCGCCUUGGUGGUGUUUGACCUGGAUUAUACCUUGUGGCCUUUCUGGGUGGACACCCACGUGGACCCCCCCUUCCACAAAAAGAGCGAUGGCUCCGUGCGAGACCGCAACCAACGGCCUGUUCAGCUCUACCCAGAAGUGCCAGCAGUGCUGCACCAGUUGGACAGCGAAGGGAUCGCCAUGGCAGCUGCCUCUCGGACAGGCGAGAUUCAAGGAGCCCGACAGCUCUUAGAUCUUUUCGGCUUAAAUCGCUAUUUUCGUUACACCGAAAUCUACCCCGGGAGUAAAAUCACCCAUUUCCAAAGGUUGCAUCAACAGAGCGGCAUCCCGUUUCAUAAAAUGCUCUUUUUUGAUGACGAAAGCCGAAAUAUCCAUGAUGUCGGCACUCUAGGAGUUGUGUGUGUCCCUGUUCCAACAGGUAUGACCCUUUCUCGCCUCAAUGAAGGCUUAGAGAGAUUUGCACGCUUUCCCGACUCGCUUCCUGCCGACAGAGUUUAAUCCUCCAACUUCCUGGAUCUCCGUCUUCUGUUCCUCUCGUGGAAAACAUCGGUUGGGGAUUAUGGACAUUAUCUAUCUAUGCGUGUAGGCGGAAAGUGACAGCGCUUCUCCCGCCAGUUUAGUCCUUCAAAGAUUUUUUUCCAUCCCGGGGUGACAAUAGACGCUGCCCCUUUAAGACAUGCAGACUUCAACUCCCAGAACUCCCCAGCCUAGCAUGGAAUUCUGGGAUUUGAAGUCCACAAGCCUUAAAGGGGCCACGUUGGGGAAAUGCAAUUCGACCAGCGAAGGAGGGUUCGUGUUUGGGAUUUUCAUCCCAAUAAAAACUGAAAAUUAAUAAAUAAAUCUAUCGUCCUGUUUUAUCAAUUAGCGCAGGGAAUGCAGACAAUUAAUCAGCUUUAAAAGGAUGAUUGUGGUUGGUGGAAAAGUCACCUGGAAAUUGUGUUUCUGUUCUUUGAAAGAUAAUUAAAAAUAGCAAAAAGGUUCCAAAAAGA